CGUGGUAACAUUACCGAGGCUGAGCGGUGUGCGCGCUGCUGGGACACCUGUGGCAGAACGGAUUAUUUUUACGAAAAUCUGAACCUCGUGUUUGGUUUAGAGCAUCGAAAUCCGUGGAAAUGUUCAACAGUAAUCGUGUGGAUUUUGAUGAGGAUCCGUUCUUCUCGGAUCCAUUGCGGGCUCACAGGGAACACAUGCGGCAGAUGAUGCGUAGCUUCUCCGAGCCGUACGGUGGGCCCAUAAUGCCGAGUUUAAUGGACGGGAGAAACUGUGGCCGUGACAUGUCAGAACCCCCAAGCUCAUCCCUGGCACUGUGGGGCGAACACGGGGAAAUGACCAGGAACCCUCUCGGCGUGUUCGACAACAUGAUGUCGAGCAUGAGGAACCGGAUGCAGGACAUGCACAGACACUUUGGGAACGUGUCCACGGAUCCAAACACCUGCUCGUUCAGCUCCUCGUCAGUCAUGACCUAUUCAAAGGUUGGAACUGAGCCUCCCAAGGUCUUCCAGGCGAGCUCGUCGACACGCCGUGCCCCUGGAGGGAUAAAGGAGACCCGGCAGGCGGUUAAAGACUCUGAGAGUGGUCUGGAGAAGAUGUCCAUUGCUCACCACAUCAAGGACAGGGGACAUGUUGUUGAGAAGAAAUACAACAAAAAAACGGGACAGAAGGAGCUGAACCAGGACUUUCAGAAUAUGGACGAAUCUGAAGCACAGUCUUUUGAUGACGAGUGGCAGCAGGGGGUGUCCAGGUUUCCAAGACCGCCUGGCCCAAUCUUUAGUCUAGAGGAACCACGGGCCUGUGGCGUUCCCCCGGUCGCCCUCACCGGUUCUGACCAGGAGCUCAGUGACCAAUUAAAGGGCGAGACUGAGCAUGAAAGAAACCUGAGAGGCUUGAGCUCAACAAAGCAGUGACACGUUUGCUUGUGUCUUUAAUAAGCAUUAAAGCCUUUCAAGAAUAAUGCAGUACACUCGGGUGGUCUGUACCCCACCUCAACACACACUCACAUACACACACCCUGUCAUCAAAUGGACAGGACCACAAGGCACUGGCCCAGAUUUUAAAAACAUAGAUAAGACUUUAAGUUAUUUCUGCUCCCCAUUUUCCAAAGUAUUCUAAACAAUAGCACUUGAAACCCGCUGAAGAUGGCUGCACAAUACUGUGAAAAUGUUCUGCCUUUUGAUGGGUGAAGACGCUCCUUGCAUCUUACUGAUGAGUUCAAUCUUUGCCUUUUAGCACUGCUUGCCAGCGCUUGAGUAGUUCGAAAACAUCAGAGAAUCAGGUGUCUGUGGUGUCCUGGCUGUACACAUGCAAACCAACAGUGUAAUCCGUCACCAGGAUUCAUUCUCUUAUAUGCUUCCAGAACAUUACAAUAAAUCAUUUGUUUAUAUAUGGCAUUCAGAUGAUACCUUCUGUUUUUCUCCCCUAAUGCACUUAGACGAUGUCUAAAUUGUCUUUUUGUAAUUAUACUGUCUAGUACCUGAUGCUCCAAAUAUUUUAUGUUUUUUAUCUGCUGUAAUCUUUGUAAAAAGAAAAAUCAUACUUUUCCCUUUGUAUAUGUUACUUUGGUGUCUCUUGUUUUUCAUCUGAUGCUUUGUGCUGCGUAGCACGCUAUCUUAACAAAGUCUGGAUUAUUCUCUAGCAAUUUAGUUUUUAGUUGUUUUAUUGUAUAUUUUUUCAAGCUUUAAAAAUAAGUUGUCAACACCGAUUAUGGACUGAAAAUAAAAAUACAGAAGUUGAA